UUGUUAUUAUGUGGUUUAUUUUACUAUUGGUUAUUAUUUAAGACAGAAGUCCAGCAGAAAUUUUUUGGAAUAGAUUUAUCUGGUCGGUCGGGACCGACCUAGAUGACAAUCUGGAUAGAACUAGAAGAUAGAUCCUUUUCCAAAUUGGAUUCGAAUUCAUCACAAAAGUUUACGGACCAAAAUUUUUACAAAUUUGUGGAACUAAAGCAAUUUUGGGCUGUUAUUAGUUUCCGAAGUCCAAAAAUCCCUUUUCCGAUCAGGCAAUUUCCUCUUAAGUUGAGUUGAAAUUGCUAUAAACUUUCCCAAAUCUCUCUUUUGCUUGUGUGGGGUUUCUGUUUCCUUAUCUGAUUGAAGGAUUUCACUGUUGAAAUCAAGAAUAUGACAGAGAAGAAUCCGUAUCUGAAUGGAUCGGCCACUGUGCUGAACGAGAAGAACGACGAAACUGAGUGGGAGAUGAGGCCCUGUGGCAUGCUCGUCCAGAAGCGAGAAGAUGAUAAUGACGCCGAUGUUUCUACUACCGGCCCCAUGAUCGCCGUCAGUGUUACUCACGGUUAUGGCCCUACUAAGUACAAGAUUUUCCUUCCUGCUCAAUCGACUUUUGGCGAUAUGAAAAAGCAUCUGGUGGCAAUAACCGGUUUGCAGCUUGAAGAGCAGAGACUACUAUUUCGAGGUAAGGAGAAGGAUGAUGAUGAGCAUUUGCAUACCGCAGGGGUGAAGAAUUUGUCAAAGAUUUUACUCUUGGAGAACAAGACAAACAAGCAGAGGAAGGUCGUGGAAGAUGUUAAGGUGGUAGAAGAGGUCGAGAGAAGUGGUGAGCUUUCAAAGGCAUCAGCAGCCAUUGCUGAUGUUCGGUCUGAGGUUGAUAAGCUUGCAGAUAGGGUUGCUGCCUUGCAAGUAGCUGUUAAUGGUGGCACAAAUGUUGAAGAUAAAGAAUUCGUAGUAUCAACGGAGCUGCUGAUGAGACAACUGUUGAAAUUAGAUAGCAUUGAUGCUGAAGGGGAAGCAAAGUUGCAGAGAAAAGCCGAGGUACGCCGCAUUCAGAACUUCGUGGACACACUCGAUGCAUUGAAGGCAAAAAGCUCUAAACCAAUCAGCAACAAUCACAGCACUGUUUCAGUGACGACUGAAUGGGAGACCUUUGACUCAGGAGUCGGUAGCCUAACUCCCCCAUCCCCUGCUCCGUCUUCUACAAGAGUAACUCAGGAUUGGGAACGGUUUGAUUAGCUCAACCAAAAGGCAAAAACACCUCACGAGUUUCAUUUAUUUAAACUCUACUAGUUGUUUAUUAGUCAGUCAUAAAGAACAUCAAACAUCCUCCCCCUUCCCCAACCCCGACCCCAUCUUAGAUUAAUAAUUUUUUAAAUUAAUCAUACGGUUGUCAGCCCAUGAGCCUUGUAGGCAUGACAAAAGCUAUCAUUUCUUUAGAAAUUGAGUUAUUGUUUCAAUAUUAAGUUAUAUAUUUAAUGAAUGGAAACAGAUUUGAGCACAAUGAAA